AUGGAUGCCGUAGAGGACCGGGAACUGAAGCUCCAGCGAGCUUCUGGUGAUCUUCUCACCGAGUUCUCGGAGAAGCUGCCGUCGUUGUUGUGGAGAUCUGAAAAUGGAACCCCUCUCCGCACCCCACGCAAAUGGGCACCAGUGUCCAAGACAGAGAAACUUGUCUCCCUCCUCGAGCCUUUUCAAGAAUGGCCUCAACUUUUGGACCCGCAUCUGCAGAAGCUUCUGCCUCCCCUAGUGGAUGCAUUCCUGGCAUAUUUAAUCAGACAUCGCAGCCAAUAUGCUUCUCAAGCCACGAAGAAAUCUCGAAAUACAAGUACUUAUUCCCUGCCGAAAGCUAUCUGCAGGUUACUAUAUACUUUUUGCAAGGUCCGUGGAGUCAAAGUGAUUAGCCGAUUUCUCAAUAACGAGCCGAAAUAUCUUGAUUCCAUGCUGCGGGCUUUCGUGGAUUGGGACAGCAUGCCUGCUCCGGAAGUAACUGAAGAUUCUUUGACUUUAGAAUCAAAUCACUUACAGUGGGAAGAACGAUAUGUUAUGCUUGUCUGGCUCGCACAUCUCCUGCUUGCGCCGUUUGACCUGUCUUCGCUAUCCUCGGACGACAUCCCCAUUCCUUACGACAACCUAGAUCAGCUGGGUGAUGUUUCGAGUGACACUCCGAUGAUCGCUAGGUCUGUACUUUCCCUAGCACUUCAUUACAUUAAUGUUCCCGGGAAAGAGCGCGAAGCAGCCACAGCGCUGUUGGCAAGACUCGUGCUUCGUGGAGACAUGCAAGCGCUUGGGCUACUGACCGGUCUAACUGACUGGUCAUUUUCGAUUUUGAGUUCAACAGACAAUAGGGAGGCCCCUUCUGUCUAUUCUUGCAUCGGCGUUCUCUCUUUCAUCGCCCGUUUGGCUGGAUCCGGCCAGGUGGAGGACUUUGCUCCCCUUCUGCAAACAGUUUUUCAGCAGACAAUCGGUGUAUCACAAGGAAGCACAAGUAUCUCUACUAUCAUCCAGUCCUCUGCGAUUGCUCGCAAAAUUGUUGUCAAGAUUCUUCGCAAUAUCACAGUCAUGGCUUUGUCGUUGAGUGAGAGGGAAGAUAGUAGUAUUGAUGAUGACCAACUCUCUGCUAUUUUGGAAGAUGCCAUAGAUCAUUUUCUCGUUUCACUCGCAGAUAAGGACACGCCUGUGCGAUUUGCUGCGAGUAAAGCUCUUAGUAUAAUCACUUUGAAACUGGAUCCAGAUAUGGGAACUGAAGUCAUCGAAGCUGUUAUCGGCUCUCUCGGCGAGAACAUUCUCUAUGAAAAGGAUGAUGGCAGUUUGAUGACUCCAUUCGAAGCACGAAAUGCUGGACUUGAUUCGCUCAAGCGCAAUAUGAGUGGUGUUGAUGCGCAGCGGUGGCAGGGUCUUAUGCUUACGUUAUCGCAUCUACUAUUUCGUCGGGCACCUCCUACGCAACAACUGCCUGAAGUCCUUCAAUCACUUGUGUCCGGCCUUACCUUCGAACAGAGAUCAUCAACUGGUAGUUCUGUCGGAACUGGUGUUCGUGAUGCUGCUUGCUUCGGUGUCUGGGCGUUGUCUCGAAAAUACACAACCUCUGAACUACAAGCGCUGCAACUCCAGAUAAUCCCUUCACUUUCUGGCAAAUCUGAAGUUGGCGUCUUGCAAAAGCUAGCCGUGGAGCUUGUUUGCUCUGCUUGUAUGGAUCCCUCUGGAAAUAUUCGACGUGGUGCUUCCGCGGCCUUGCAAGAAUUGAUUGGGCGCCACCCAAACAUGAUUGUCGAGGGCAUUCCUCUUGUACAGGUCGUAGAUUACCAUGCAGUUGCGCGGCGCUCUCGUGCCAUGGUAGAUGUGGCGAAGGCUACCACUUGUUUGGAUAUGGUUUACUGGAGUCCACUUCUAGAGGCCUUGAUGGAAUGGAGAGGUACUGGCUCGCCUGAUGCAGAGUCAAGGCGACAGGCAGCCAAAUCCAUUGGAUCGUUGAGUACACAGGGGGGUUUUAAGACACUGAACUUGGCUCUUACACGACUGUUAGAUAAGUUUCCUCGUAUUCCUCGGAGUGAUGUGGAGUGCCGACACGGAUUUCUGUUAUCCAUCGCUACUACAGUUGAUGCUUAUCUCACCGAGUGGAACGCGUCACCAGGAAUAAGAGAUACAUUGGAAGGAAAAGAAGUAUCUGCAAAGGUUGUUAAGCUGUGGGAUAUCUUUGAUUCCCCCUUCAGCCCUACAGACAAUGAUUUGAAACUUCAAAGUUCUCGUCCUGAAUUAACAGCAGAAGCGUCGUCUUGCUUGAUUGCUUCCCUUUGUCGAGCGAUGAGCUCAGCUGGUCUUUCCCCGCCGUCGGAAGGUUUGAUCGACCGCGUUCUUCACAUUUUAUCAUUGUGCAUUUCCCGGAAUGAGGAUAUAUCGAUUCAAACAUCGUCAGAUGCACUUUCCGUAAUAUUCCCACUUCUUUCACCUGCGAAACAGGAUAUAACUGUUCAGGCAUGGUUUUCACACCUCCGUGUGUCAUCAAGGUCGCCAGGUGGCCGUGGUCAAAUCCUAGCUCUGGGUGCUGUUUUCAAACAGCUUGAAGGUCAAGAUCAAUUGCAACAAAGUAUCGUCACGGAAUUAAUUCGGAGCGCCGCAGCGGAGGAGCUCAUCGAAAAACGUGUAUCUGCUGUGAAAUGCUUUGCUACUGGCAUUGUGCCACACACUGGCAAUCAUUCUCCUCUCAUUAAAAUAAUUGCGAAUAAUCUGUUGGGAUUUCUGAAUGAUUAUACCACCGAUCGAAGAGGUGAUAUUGGAUCAUUGAUUCGCGUUGAAGCAAUCCAAGCUACAAGGGCUCUUCAGCCCAAACUUUCGCAGGGUUCUCCUAUCGUUUUCGAACUCACCAAGUGCCUUUGUCGACUUGCAUGCGAGAAGCUUGACAAGGUCAGACUACAGGCAUCGCUUUGCUUACAGGACUGUUAUUGGGAUGCAGUACAAUUGAAUCCCUUCCAUAAGCGCUUCGAACAUAUUAGUGAUGUUUCUUCUCGAGAGUACUUCUUCCAACUGCUUGCAUCAUGGAGCCAAGAAUGGAUACGCCUUCCGCUACUAAAGGGAUUAGCUACAUCUGCAGUUGCUGGUGCAGAAGGUCUUGUCCGCUCGUCGCGAGCGGCGAUAAUUCAAUUCUUCAAUUCGCACAGUGCACAAGCAGACCCCAACAUUUUGAUUGAAUUCCUACAGGUAUUAUCCGCCACUCUAAGCGAAAAUCUCCCAGACGACCGAUACGCAAUACCUAUUAUUGAGUUCAUGGCUUUCUUGGUAGACAGCUACCACUCCAUGGCUGCUGGCCCUAAUGAGUCGAAUCCUGUUUUCCGGAACGUUUUUACUCUCGUCCAGAAGGCCCACUUUCGGUCUUCAAAUAUAGCCCGCCUAGAGGCUGCAGUUAAGCUCUAUGCAGUGCUAUUAGAGAUUGAGCCUUUACGAGAGGAUAUAUUGAAGAAGUUGACGGCCCUGCUACUACAUCCUUACCCUAGGGUUCGCUCAAGUGCAGCAGAAUAUCUUUACACGAUGACUAAUUCCGAAACUAUCAAGUAUGAGGAUUGGUCUGCAUCUCCCAAGGAAUUGAAAGAGAAGGUUGAUGGCGUUCGAAGUGCCUUAACACGUAACUAG